UUCUGCGCUUCUCGCUCUGUAAACGUACCUCUUACCUACUGCUGUCAAACUCCUAAAUCAAAACAAAAGCGUUCCCUUCGUGUCGGAUCAAAAAACAACACCAAAAAAUGACCUCUCCGCUGGAAAAUCUGGAAAACCACCUGGAAAUGUUUAUCGAAAACGUUCGUCAGAUCCGGAUAAUCGUCAGUGACUUUCAGCCCCAGGGUCAGAAUGUUCUGAAUCAGAAAAUCCAAUCGCUGGUAACUGGACUGCAGGAGAUCGACAAGCUGAAGAACCAGGUGGACGUGAACGUGCCACUGGAGGUGUUCGAUUACAUCGACCAGGGCAGAAAUCCGCAGCUUUACACGAAGGAUUGCAUCGAUAAGGCGUUAACCAAGAACGAGGAGGUCAAGGGAAAGAUCGAUUCCUAUCGGAAGUUCAAGAGCAACCUGCUGAAGGAGCUGGGUGAGAUGUUUCCCGGGGAGAUCGGCAAAUACAAGGCCAUCCGGGGUGAUGAGUAGAGUUCGUGGGAUCGAGGUUUCUUGCAGGAGUAGGAGGGGUCAAUCAUUUAGGAAUAAUGUAUUUUUAAUUGUAUUGCGAUAAGAAAAUAAACCGAUAUAAUUAUAUGAA